GGGUUCGGAGAUGGGUGCAUCUCUGAGCCGAAAAGGCGGGGGCUCUUGUCUUGGGCAGGGGUGGCAGCAGGGCAGGGUGGGCCCGGCGCCCCCGGCCGGGAGGCCUCGGGUGGGGACGUUCCUGAUGGAGGAAGGCAGUGCUUGAGCCCCUCCCUUUGCGAAGUCCACCGGCCAACGCUGUUUUCCUCCUCCCUGGCCUCAUCCACCCCUAAUUUAGAUGAUUUGGGUGAUGAGAUUUGAAACUUCUGAGCUGGGGAGACCUGGAUGAGAUUCAGACUUGAGUUGAUGCUGUAAUGAGUUGAGAUUUGGGGGAUCUUCGGACGGGGUGAACGUAUUUUGAAUGAGGGGCAGAGGACGUCCAAGCUCGAAUCCCCAGAACCUGUGACUGGGUCACCUCACAUGGCAUCAGGGACUGAUGACAUCAGGGCAUCAGGGACUUUGCAGAUGCAAUUGAGUUACGAUUUUUGAGAUGGGAGAUUAUCCCGAUUAUGAGGAUGGACCCGGUGUCAUCACAGGGUCCUCAUAAGAGGGAGGAAAGAGGCACAGAGCCGGAGAAGGAUGUGAGGAUGCAGGCAGAGGGAGAAAAGAAGAUGUGACAGCAGAUGCAGGAUGGAGUGUGCGCCUAGAAGAUGGAGGAAGGGGCCACCAGCCAAGGAAUGCAGAGCCUGCAGGAGCCGGAAAAGAGCCUGCAGAAGGAACCAGCUCUGUGGACACCUUGAUUUUUAGCUCCGUGAGGCUGGCGUCAGACUUCUGACCUCCAGAACUGUAAGAUGACAAAUGUGUGUUGUUUUAAGCCCAGUUUAUGGUCAUCUGUUGCAGCAGCAACAGGGCACUAGGACAGAUUUUCAUAGUUCUCUCCCUCUUCGUUCACCUUCUUCCCUUGGCUCCCAGGACGCGACCACCCCUGGCCCUCCUUCCUCACCCUCCCCUGCUGAUUCCCAGCGGGCCAGCUUCACCCCUCGGCUCUCUCCUCUCUGUCCACGCUCCCUCCUGGGAUCUCCUCCAGUCUCGUGCUGUGCCUACCAGCAAAGGCAGGCAGCUCCCAAAUGUAUGCCUCCUGCCAGGACCCCGCCUGCAAACUCUAGCCGCCUGUGCCCUACCCAGCGUCCCGACCGACGUACGUAGCCUUCUAACCCUCGAGCCGGAAUUUCUACACCUGGGCUCGCACCCCUCCCCCGGCCGGGCUCCAGCUUCACACCACCCACCGCAGUGAGUGGCAGCUCCAUGUCUCCAUCGCCCCGGCCAAAAACGCGGAGUCGUCCCUGACUCUCUGUCCCCCCACCCCCACGCUCUGCCCUCCACGUCCAGGCAGCGUCUGGCCUCUGCUCACUCCCCCCAGGCCGCCCUGAACCCGCUGUUGCCUCCCCUGGCCCUGGCUUCUGCCCUUGCCCCCGGCGGACUGGAGGGCCCUUAGCCAGCGGGGUCUCCGGGGAUGGUGAGGUUGACCCCAGGAAGGCCGCCUUCAUCCCCGCAUGGCACUCUGCUGCCACCUGGUGGGCACCGGAUCUCUUGCGCCCCCUAGAACCUGCUGGGGCCGAUGCUCCCGCGAUCACGCUGGGAGCCUCGGGCCUCGUUUCCAGGACUGAGUCCACUACGGCAGAGAGGAAGGGAUCGGGAAGAGACAAGGAGAAGGAAGACCACCCCCUGGUGUCACAUGAAGCCUGGCACCGCCCUGCAGUGUUACUCCUGCCAGGCCGAGGUCAGCAACAAGGACUGCCAGCAUGUGCAGAACUGCAGCCACUCUGAGACCCAAUGCCGGACUGAGCGCAUCCGUGCUGUUGAUGUCCUGAUCUACAUCAGCAAGGGCUGCAGCUCGCACUGUGUGGAGGGCUCAGAGAACUACAACCUGGGAGAGAAAAACGUCACAUGCUGCUCUACUGACCUGUGCAACGCCACCGGGGCCCACGCCCCGCAGCCGGCCAUUGUCACCCUGACGCUGCUCGCCACUCUUGGCGUGCUGCUGUUCUGGGGCCCCGGGCAGCUGUAGGAUCCAGGAGGACCCUGUUGUGUCCCAUGCUGGGCAGUGGUGCCCAGGGGCCCGGGGGGCACUCCUCACACACACCCAGUCCAGUCAUGGCCCCUUUUGAACCCUAACUCAGGUCGGGCGAUGCCCCUCUGCCCUUUCCAGCCCUCCCUGGCUCCCUCCAGGACUCCUGCCCAGCUCCCACUGCCCAGCAGGCUGCGCUCUGUGAUGUGGAACAGCGUGCAGAUGGCCCAUCAGACCCCUUCCCAAUAUUCCGACCCACCCCUUAACCUUCAUUCAGGCACCUCUCCCUCCAGGAAGCCUUCCCUGCCUGCCCCCUCCACGAGCUGAGCCAGGUCCUGCCCGUGGUGUCCCCCGCACACAGCAUGAAGCAGGCUCUCAGGAGGGUCCCGAAAAGGCUGAGAGGAAACGUUCCGAGUAGAAUUAGGGUCAGGGGUGUGAGGUCCUGGGAGCCCCAAGAGAUGAAGCUUGGAGGGGUGACCAGCUCCCCAUGUUCAUAGGGGUCCUGGGGCAUCAACCCCAGCACACAGUAGGCCCUUAAUAAAGGCCCAUGGGCUUGGUUGCAGAGAGCCUGUCCUUGCAUGCCCGCAGACUGAGGUCAAGGUUGGGAUCCAGGGCUGUGAAGGGUUGCCACCUGGGGCCACGUCUGUGGCUGUGGCUGUGCCCUUGGC